AUGGAAGAGGAGGAAACUUUCAGACCAGGACCUGCGAAAACAAGGACAAGUGAAAAUAAAAGAAAUGCAGAUGGCAAUUUAAACCAUUUUGCGAGACAAACAAGGCCUACAACAGGCAAAUCAGGACCUGCAAAAACAAGGACAAGUGAAAAUAAAAGAAAUGCAGAUGGCAAUUUAAACCAUUUUGCGAGACAAACAAGGCCUACAACAGGCAAUUCAGGACCUGCAAAAACAAAGACAAGUGAAAAUAAAAGAAAUGCAGAUGGCAAUUUAAACCAUUUUCCGAGACAAACAAGGCCUACAACAGGCAAUUCAGGACCUGCAAAAACAAGGACAAGUGAAAAUAAAAGAAAUGCAGAUGGCAAUUUAAACCAUUUUGCGAGACAAACAAGGCCUACAACAGGCAAUUCAGGACCUGCAAAAACAAAGACAAGUGAAAAUAAAAGAAAUGCAGAUGGCAAUUUAAACCAUUUUGCGAGACAAACAAGGCCUACAACAGGCAAUUCAGGACCUGCAAAAACAAGGACAACUGAAAAUAAAAGAAAUGCAGAUGGCAAUUUAAACCAUUAUGCGAGACAAGCAAGGCCUACAACAGACAAUUCAGGACCUGCAAAAACAAAGACAAGUGAAAAUAAAAGAAAUGCAGAUGGCAAUUUAAACCAUUUUGCGAGACAAACAAGGCCUACAACAGGCAAUUCAGGACCUGCAAAAACAAGGACAACUGAAAAUAAAAGAAAUGCAGAUGGCAAUUUAAACCAUUAUGCGAGACAAGCAAGGCCUACAACAGACAAUUCAGAUUUACAAGGAACGACCCAUGACCAUAAAAGCCAAUCUAAUUCAAAGUAUAGAGGUACUGCUCGCGAUCGAUAUCGAUGUAUGGGUUUUAUAAUAUUGGAAAAAAUAGCCAAUUCCAAUACAUCAGACAUAUUUCUGGCUCUAAACGAACACAAAGAGGGUUUUAUGGAUCUUCUCAAUUCGCCUAUUCACCGUUUCGACAUGAUAGUACUCGUAUUUGAAAUACUAUCCAAAAUUUCACAGUCGCCAUUUGAAGCGAUGAAAUCACAAUUGUUUUUGGAUGUCUGUAACUCCAACUUUAUAGCAUGUUUAAGAAAUUACCUAACAGAUUUACCUUACACUGUCGAUAAAUCAAAAAAUAGCAUGUAUUGGAUCAAUCAAAACAAUUUUUGGAAGAACUACAUAACCUUUUGUCAGGAUAUAGUAAAUAUAUCUCCAACUACAGCCAUAAGAACAUGUAGAGCGUUAAUAGAAAGUGUAUCCAAAACAUGUUUGGAAUAUCUGAAUACAAGACAUGCAUUCGUGUUAUUAGAAGAAGAUGCGUUGAGAUUCGAGGAGCUAAGAAAUAAGUUAAUAAAUUAUGCUGACAAGCCUCUAACUGAAGUAAACCGAAAUGGUGUUGACAUGCUUGUUGGCGAUAUCGAUGUAAAACCGCCUGACGAUUUCCGUGAGCUAAGUGUGAUACCAACGCGGGAAGAUUUAUUGGACGCUCAACCGUUCGUGCGACCAAAUAUCGUCAACGGCGCAUACUCUGAUGUUGAACAUUAUUUAGACGUUCAAUUCAGACUCCUAAGAGAAGAUUGUUUUGGACCAAUAAGAGUGGGCAUCAAUCAAUACCUGUCAAAUCCAACUAAACGCAAAUAUGACCACGUUCGCAUUAUUCGCAACGUUAAGUUUGGUGGACCGUAUAUAUCAAAUUUCAAAAUGGGUACAUUGGUACAAAUCGAUAUUGAAAAUAAUAAGCAUUUUAAAAAAAUAAACUGGUCUCACAGCAAGAGAUUGCUGUUUGGUUCACUAGUGUUGUUUACUAAAGAUAAUUUUAGUAACGUUAUCGUCGCUACCAUUUUAGAAAGGGAUAAUAUACUUUUGUCUACAGGCAAGCUCGCAAUAUCAAUAGUCGACACAAGUUACGGGAGUAAUAUUCGCAAUGAUGAUUCGUAUACGAUGAUAGAAAGUGAAGUUUACUUUGAACCUUAUUUACAUGUCUUAAAGGCUCUCCAGGCGCCUACGUUUUCAAAACAAUUACCAAUGCAAGAAUAUAUAGUGAAAGUCAAUCCUUCUACUGAUGCACCUGCUUAUUUGACGAAUGAUAUCCAAUAUACCAUAAUAGAAGAAACAGAGAACGAAGAAGGAUUCCCAUUCAGGAUUACUCCUAAAAUUAAAUUUACAGUUUUAAAUCCUGCCUCGUGGCCAACAAAAGACGAACUAAAAUUUAACAAAAGUCAAUAUGAAGCAUAUAAACUUGCACUAACGCAUGAAUUUGCUGUAAUACAAGGUCCACCAGGUACAGGCAAAACUUAUGUGGGCUUAAAUAUAGCAAAAGCUCUUUUACAAAAUAUUGACUCGGCUGAUCAGUGCCUUAUGCUCGUAAUAUGUUAUACUAAUCACGCACUGGACCAAUUUCUGGUAGAGAUUUCAAAAAUUACUAAUAAGAUAGUACGUAUCGGUGGUCAGUCCCGCAACAAAGACGUGGACCAAUUUAAUUUAACGAAUCUACGAAAGGCUGAGUUAAUGCGGACGUCCAAGGCUAGUAAUUACUACUCCGAAAUAAGGGGUGUGCUAAAACAGUCAGUAAGAGAUUUACAGGAAUCGUUACUACUACUUGAUAUACUGAACCACGGCGUUAUCAAUCAUAAUUUAAUGUCCGAUGUUCCUCAAGUUCAAUUGCUUUGCGAUUACUAUGACAAACAUUAUCCAAAUGUUAAAGACCCUUUAAUGGACUGGUUAUUUGAGAAUAAGCAUAAAUAUUACAGUGACUUCAAUACAUGUCUAAUGAAAUAUGAAAACUUUUCUAUUGGUGAUCAUGACAAUGACUGCAAUGACAUGAGAACGGACUAUAAUAAAAUAUUGGAAGAAGAUAAAAAUUUCGAUUUGGAACACGCUAAAAAACAAAUGGCAUCAUUUAUGCUAAUGGAUUCAAAAUUAACCCUCAAGAAGUUGGUUGGUGAUUAUAUUACCAAUCAAACGGGUCAAAAACAAAUGGAGAUAGCAGAACUAAAUUCAAAAAUAAAUCUGUAUUCUGAUAUGAUGAAACACCGCUCUCGAGAAAUCGCUCUGGGCCUUACACGCGAAACAGAUUUUUCUAAAAUUGCUCCACAAUUGCGAUGGCGAAUAUACUUCAUGUGGAUAAAAAAUUUAGUAAAUGAAACAAAAAAUAGGAUUGUGGAUUUUGAAAACAAAGUAUCACCACUAGUUGCAACUUACGAAGAAACCAGGAUGGUCAUGGACAUGGAAUUAUUGAAAAAAAAAAAAAUUAAAGUACUGGGUCUAACGACUUCUGGAGCUGCUAGGAUGCGAAAGCUUCUAAACGCAGUCUCGCCUAAGAUAGUGAUAGUAGAAGAAGCCGCCGAAGUCUUGGAGCAGCAUAUCAUAACGUCGCUCACAAACAGUUGCCAACAUCUUAUUCUGAUAGGCGAUCAUCAACAGUUGAGGCCGUCAGCUGCGUACUUAAAGUUAGCGAGGCAAUACAAUAUAGAAGUUUCGUUGUUCGAACGCAUGAUAACUAACGGAAUACACAGUCGCAGACUUAAUAUUCAACAUCGUAUGCGUCCAGAGAUUGCGGCACUUAUCUCACCACAUAUAUACCCCGAAUUAGAAAAUCACCCCAGUGUUGAAAACUUCCGCGACGUACCAGGACUUGAAAAAAGUGUUUUUUUCUUUUCUCACGAAUCUCGUGAAGAGGAAGAUUCCAGCGACAGCAAUAGCCGAGCGAAUUACAAAGAGGCGGAUCUAACACUCUCCUUAGCAAAUUAUAUUAUGCAACAGGGAUAUAAAAGUCAUGAAGUCACGAUCUUAACUGCUUACUCGGGCCAAAUGUUUUACAUGAGAAAAGAACGACAAAAAUAUUCUUGUCUGAAGGACGUAAAAAUUACUGUCGUGGACAACUAUCAAGGAGAAGAAUCAAGAAUUAUAUUAUUAUCCCUUGUAAGAAACAAUCCUGACAAUAUGAUCGGCUUUCUCGGAACUGAAAAUAGGAUUUGUGUUGCACUUUCGAGAGCGAAAGAAGGAUUUUAUAUGUUCGGUAACAUUAAUAUGCUGAAAACGAAAUCUGAACUUUGGAGAAAAAUUGCUGCUACCUUGGAGAGUAAUGGUUCCUUAGGGACCGUUUUAAACUUGAAAUGCCAAGUGCAUCCGGAUAACAUAACACCUGUUGUAACUACGGAAGAUUUUCAUAAAGUUCCAGAAGGAGGUUGCUUAAGGAAAUGUAAUUAUAUGUAUACAUGCGGUCAUCGCUGUGUACUCUAUUGUCAUGGUUAUGACCGCGGCCACGUUGAAACUAAAUGUUUUGAACCUUGUGAAAGGAUUCUCUGCGAUCUCGGUCACGUAUGCCCAUUAAAGUGUUCUAUGGACUGUGGGGAGUGUAAAGUGUACGUACGGAAGAAAUUACCAUGUGGCCACGUAAUGGAUGUAUUUUGUCAUCGCGAGCCUGAAGAUCCCAAAAACAAAUGUUUGACUAUAAUUGAAGAUAUAUUACCAAAGUGCGGCCAUAAGGUUCAGAAAGCGUGUCACAUGAAUAUACAAGAAGUAAAGUGCAAAGAAAAAUGCAAACAACGUUUAGACUGUGGGCAUGCAUGCGAAAGAAAUUGCCAUGUCUCGUAUCCCGAUCACAAAGAUUAUGUAUGUUACAAAGCCUGUACUAAAAAGAACAAGGGAUGUACGGCAGAGUCCCUUGACGAUCUAGGUGAACAUCAAUGCAAGAAGGCAUGCCAUGAGGAAUGUAACGACUGCAAUGUCCAAGUAACAAAGAAAAGAAUAAGUUGCAAACACAAGGCCCGCAUCGCCUGUUGUGUAAAUAUUGAAGAUACGCCUUGUAAAGAAAAAUGUUCUCGUAAGCUGGACUGCGGACAUUUUUGUAUGAAGAAAUGUUCAGAACUAUGCGGUGACUGCACAACAAUGGUUGUAAAAGUGAUUCCAGGUUGUAAUCACGAAAUUAAGGUGCAAUGUCAGGUAGUUGUGAGUAGAGCACAUUGUACAGGAACAUGUGAACGGACAUUGGCCUGUGGACAUCGUUGUAAGGCUGCCUGUAGUGCGGUAUGCGAUGUAAAAAAAUGCAAGACGCUAGUUUCCAUUGAGGUCGACUCUCCUUGUGGUCACAAAGUUAAACUGCCAUGCAAUGUUUAUGCUGCAUUCAUUAGAGGUGAAAUACAACCUAUGAAGUUUUUGGAGUAUUGCGAGAGUCCGUGUGAAAAGGAACUGGCUUGCAAACACCUUUGUGGCGGAUCUUGCUCUAAGUGUUAUCAGGGUAGGCUUCAUGCGCCCUGCAAACAGACCUGCAACCAAAUGAACAUCUGUGGUCAUCAGUGUCAGGAGCCUUGUAAUCAAAUAUGUCCGCCCUGCAAUAUGAUUUGUGAAGUUCAAUGUCAACACUCUCGGUGUGCGCGGAUGUGUGGUCAGCCGUGUGUCGAAUGUCAGGAGAAAUGCAACCGCACGUGCCCACACGGCUCGUGCACGCGCCUGUGCUCGGAGACUUGCUCGCGCGCGCCGUGCGCCGAGGCGUGCGCGCGCGAGCUCGCGUGCGGCCACCGCUGCCGCGGCGUGUGCGGCGAGCCCUGCCCCGCGGUGUGCCGCACCUGCAGCCCCGACACCUUCCCCACUGACUUUCUAGGAGACGAGUAUGGCGAGGAUGAGAAGUUUAUUUUACUGGAAGAUUGUGGCCAUGUGCUGGAACUGGAGAACAUGGACAAUCUAAUGAUGGGCAAUCAAGAGGAUAUUAAAAUAAGGCAGUGCCCGUUUUGUCGUAAGCCAAUUAUUAAUACGAAAAGAUACAAAGAUUUGGUGAACAAUAUGUUUAGAAACGAUAUUAACCCAAUAAAACGUCGAAUAUACGGAAAAAACACAGAAAUAAACACAAAGCUAACACAACUACUUACGAAAGUAUCUUCUUUAAACUUGGAGCAUGCUGGUUUAAAGAAAACUUUAGAAGAACUAAUACUUUUUUUAAGACCAAAGAAACAAAUGUAUCUCUUGCAAGUGGAGAUGCUACUCAUAUACUACGAUGUGAUUGAAAUGGUAACCGAAAGCUGGAAAAAUUUUCAAAAGGUAAAACCUUCAACCUUAGAAGAAGAACUGGAGGAACGUAUAAGAAUAAUUCUGAAAGUAUUGAAGAUUGACUCGAAAUCCAAAGUACCCAUAAAGAUAAGUGAACAGCAACAAAAAGAUAUAGGCAAUGAAAUAAAACGUUUGAAUGCUAUUGUACAACUAGCUCCAUUGCUAAAAAUCUGGCGAGAUAAGAAAGAUGAUCCAAAUUUGGAACAUUACGUUAAUGCGGCUAAAAAUGAAGUGUUAACUACGUUUGUGUUUAAUGAAGAUAAAGCUAUAGAAACCCUGACUAUACUAAAAACAAAGAUCAAAGCAAGUGUUCAUGUGUCUAAAUUAGAGCGAGAGAUGAUUGUAAGAGCAGUUGGGUUGAAAGCCGGUCAUUGGUUUAAAUGUCCCAACGGUCAUUACUACUGCAUCGAUAGAUGUGGUGGAGCUACUGUAAUUGGUAGAUGUCCAGAUUGUGGAGACGCAGUAGGAGGCACCAAGCAUAAACUUUUAGCAAGUAACAGGCAUGCUCCUGAAAUGGAUGGAUCCGAUUAUCCCGCUUAUUCAGUUGAGGCCAACAACAUGGCAAAUUUUCUAAUGGAGUUUUGA